AUGCUGCCUGUCUUGAGUGCCCGAAGGGCGUUCUCACUCUUCUUGUCGGGCUUGUUCCUCCACCUCAGCAUUCCAAUGCCUCAAGUCUGCUGCAUUCAAGUUCCACUUCGGACGGAUCAGCCUUUCUCUUCGUCAGCUUCGAGCGCACACGGUCGUUUCUUGCACAUCACCGACCUACAUCCGGAUCCAUUCUACUUGUCCGGAGGGAGCGUCGAGGCGGGCUGUCACGAGAAGAAACCGAAGGGCGGCAGGAGAGCAGGGGCAUGGGGUACGCCUAUAAGGUGAGAGAGGCCCUGCGGAUCGCCUCUGCGUGGAAGAGUGCUGGGGAAAAGACCUUCCAAAGGCUGCUUGCCAGCUCGUGUGAUGGAUAAGAGGCCGUUGGGCAAGACUGUCAUCUUGGGAUCGAUCAUCUGCUGACCCUGACUUCUGCGAUGAUCGCCCUCCCAGCGACUGCGACUCGCCUCCACACUUGAUAGAAGCCUCUUUAGAUUGGCUUGCGCACAACUUCAUGCCCACCUCAUCCUCCACCUCGCGAGGGGAACGCGCAUCAGAAGUAAGCGCAAGGCAUGAUGAAGCAGAUGGAGGACGAGGGGUGGAUUUCAUCAUUUGGACAGGUGAUUCUGCCAGACACGAUUUAGAUUCUGGCCAUCCUAGAACCAGAUCGGAGAUAUACGAACUCAAUAGAUGGGCUGUAGGAGUGCUCGAGAAGCGAUUUCCUGGUGUGCCUCUGGUUCCUACUAUUGGCAACAACGACAUUGUGAGUCUAUGCGGGCUACGGAACGUGAGCCGGGCAUUGGCGCACGUACUGCGACUGCGCCACCGGUCUGCGCACAAACACUCAAGCUGACUCGAGGCAAGUCGAUACCAAUCACAGUUCCCUCAUAACAUUCUCUUUGCAGGUCCUAACGAUGUGACGCGAAGCUACCUGUCCAUCUGGACAGAUCAUAUCCCAGAAGAUCAAUCACAUACAUUUUUCGUUGGAGGCUACUACUCCAAAGAGGUUCUUCCAUCCCAGAAUCUGUGGGUGCUGAGCCUGAACACAUUAUGGUGGUACGAUUCCAAUAGAGCAGUGGAUGGGUGCAAGAGAUCCAAAAAGGGCAAAAAGGACCAAGGAGAUCCGGGGAGCAGACACUUGGAUUGGUUAGAGGCUCAGUUGGGAAUGCUCAGGAAGCGAGGAGCCGCUGUGCAUCUCAUCGGCCACGUCCCUCCGACUGCUGGGAACUACUUUCCUAGAUGUGAGUUCUGCGCUCACAUCCUGCUUGGGAGCAGACAGGGACUCAUCAAACUUCUUGUGCUCGCCGAACUUAGGUUACGAUAGAUAUACAGACAUUGUGCUUCGAUUUCAAGACACGAUAGUUGGGCAACACUACGGCCACAUGAACGUGGACGGCUUGUUCAUUCAGGAAGACUCCUCGGCCAACAGUGAUGCGAUGUCGCAGCGCGAUGACGCGCUCACUCCAGCACGCCUGGGAAUUCUUGUCGAACGCCGUGCCGAGGAGCAUGGUAACACUACGCGCGAUGAAGAGGUGCACGUUCAAAGUCUCAGUGCGGACCUGAGACACGACUUCAAGACUUUGCCUGGUGAAGCUCGGACGGAUUUAGAUCUGUACCACGCAUUCUUUGCGGCGCCCAGCAUCGUACCGUGAGUGAAUGAGGUAGAUAGUCUCAGGUCAAGCCUACAUGCGAGUGUUUGAGGCUGACGAUUGCUGUCGUCUUGAUUACGUCGACAGUACCUUCUGGCCUGCUGUCAGAGUAUGGACUUACAACGUCACCCGUGCGCGGCAUGGGUCCCUCCAAAAUCUGUCGUCGACUGAACGUGAAGUAGAAGACGUUGGCAGGCAGAUUAUCGAGCUACGCUCAGCCCAAGCAAUGGGAGCGGAGAGCGACGCGGACGAAUUGGCCGAGGCGGAUUUGUUUGGAGAGCGGCAUGAAGGAGCUCCCCUGCACACGGCGAAGCGCAAGCAUCGACGCAAAAAGCAUCGCAGACACAAGAACCUGCCUCGUCAUGUCUCGCCAUCCUCUCCAAGCCGAAGCAAUGGCCGUUUCAGUCUUCUUGGCUACUCUCAGUGGAUCUGCGAUUUGGACGCAGCAAAUGAGCGAGAGGCGGACAUGGAUGCUAUGCACUGGGAAAGCGCGUCUCGCAAGAAGUCCGACGGCCUGCAGUUCUACUUGGAGUAUGCUACUUAUCAGCCCGAGACGCUGUGGGCCGAGCUUUUGCAGCAGAGCGACUCUUCGGCGCUCGAAAGGGGUACGAGCAAGCCACAAGGAAACCACGCGCACCCGAGCGAGUCCUCAGCCGCCAAGCACAUACCCGUUCCAAAGCAUCUGUUGCAAGCCGAAUUGAAGAGGCUCAAGUCGGAUCCUCCUAGAUGGAUACAUGGCCGAUAUCACUCUUCGGAGUCGGACCAGCUCAAUGGCGGUAGCGAGAUGAGCAAACAUCGAAAAUUGCACAUGCCCAAGCGUCUAAAGCAUCUGACGGAUUGGGACCUGCCUUCCUUGACCAUACCUGAUCUGCUGCAGUUUGGCAGACGGCUUGCAAGCGACAAGAAAUUGUGGAAGAGAUAUAGAAGGAGGAUAUACGCUGAUUCUGGAGCUUUGGAUUGA